AUGGACAUUACCGGCAAUGCAUUUGUUACUGGAGGAGGCGACGGAAUCGGGAAGGCCUCCUGUCUAGCUUUGGCAAAAGAAGGGGCUGUGGGCCUCCUUGUGGCAGACAUUAACCUUAAGGCUGCCGAAGAAACCGUUGCAGAAGCUAUUGCUGUUGCUACCAAUCCUGGUUUCCGUGUUGAAGCAAUAUACCUUGACGUUACGAGCGAAGAAUCGGUUAAACAAGCCGUUGCUAAGAUGAUUGAGUCAUUUGGACGUAUUGACUACUGUAUACACAGCGCGGGAAUCGGAUUGCGGUCAUAUCUACCAGUUGACGAAGCUAGCUUCGACGAGAUGAAGAGAUCCCUCGCUGUCCAUGUCCACGGGACCUUUCUUGUAACAAGUCAAAUCUCAGCGGCCAUGAAGUCGCAAGAACUAGUGACAGUCGACUCUGCUCGUCCAGAGCGAGGCGCAACUCGUGGUUCGAUUGUCGUCUUAGGCUCAUCAGCUUCCAUAUUCACAAUACCUCACUUUGUGCCGUAUACUGCGUCGAAGCAUGCUGUGCUGGCAAUUGCUAAGACGGCUGCUAUGGAAAGCGGUGCUCAUAAUAUCCGGGUGAACUGUAUCUGUCCUAAUUGGACUGAUACGCCUAUGCUACGGCAGACAUUAGGGUCAUCCGAGGAAAUGACUGUCGAAACGCUCUUGUCUACUGUACCGAUUAAACGACUUUGCACGGUUUAUGACAUUGCCGAUGCUGCACUUUUCUUGUGUAGUCCGAGGUCAGGUUACAUAACAGGAGUUGCUUUCCCUGUCGACGGUGGUAUGGCGCUCACCAUGAAGACUUGA